AUGUCCCAGGACAAGCUGAUUCCGACUCGCGGGGAUGGCAUCACAGCUGCAAAAGAGAUGCCAGGAGAUGUUGCAGCAAAGACGUUCAAAGUCAGGGUGAAUCUGUUUCGGAUGAACUGGACGGCUAGCAUCCACCAGUAUGGGUAUGAACUGCCGGAGACUUGGAUCCAUUCUGAGCGGAAGCUGCUUGAGAUGGGCUGGGCCGACUUGAAGCAAAACCUGUCUCAUUUUGUGGUUUUGCUACCGGGCCGCAUCUUCUCUCCCACCAAAGUGGACAAGUUCCCGAUGAAAGUAAGCGACGCGUCUGGGGGGCAAGUAGAUGUUUGCCAUGUGACCGAGAUCAGCGUGCAGAAGAUUCAAGAUGGUCUGAUGGGUCCGGCUUCCGUGGUGGGGCAGCACCUUGCUGACCAGCUAGCCGGGCAACGGCGGAUACAGAGGGUCGGAAAGCGGUUUUACAAGAACGACUGCCAGCAAGUCGAGGGACAGCACCGUGUCAUCAGUGGGUAUUCUGUGAAGCUUGCCAAGCUGGGCAGUGCUGGGCCAUUACUGCAACUUGAUGUCCUGCACAAGCCAGCCAAUACCAAUAAGAGUAUCGUAGAAGUCCUGAGAGGUUCCAUGGAAGGCACAGAUGUUUUCCAGGCACUUCCAGAGAUCAGAGCAGAAUGGCUUCGACUUUGCGUUUCCGCGACGGUGGUGACGAACUACAACUCCCGAGUGUACAGGAUAAAGCAAGUGCAUUUCGACAUGAAUCCUUCUCAAACUUUCCAGUAUCAUGUACGUGGGGGAGGUGCACAGGAAUAUACCUAUGCAGAUUACCUUUUCCAGUACUACCAAAAAACUGUAACCUUCAAGCAGCAGCCAAUCCUGGAAGCGUAUCCAGAGAAGGCCACGGAGAAAGUGUUUUUGCUGCCAGAGUUUUGCUGUCCGGUGGGUGUUACAGACGAGAUGCGGAAGGAGAAGACUGCCCUCAGUGAAGUUCUGAAGCAAAUUAAAGCUUCUCCCAUGGAGAGGCACAAUGAGAUCGUGCGUCAUGGUGAGGAGAUGGAGAAGCAGCUUCCUGAAACGCUCAAUGCCUGGGGUUGUCAUUUGGGACAGCCCAUAGAGACUCUCGAGGUAGAAGCAAAGCAACUAGAGCCUUUGCAAGUAUGUUUCUCGACGAAGCAGAUGUCUGCUAUUGAGGAGGGUAGCUUUGGCAAAUCGAUAAGAGGCGUGCAGCGGCCUGUUAUGAUCGAUCAGUGGCUUUUGUUCUAUCCGGAGACAGAUGAGAAAGUCGUGGACACUUGGCUAAAGUCUCUGCGUGAUGUCGCACAGGUGGCCUUCGGCUGCAAGCUCAAUCAGCCCACAAAGGUUUGCUAUCGCGAUCCUUUCGGCGAGCUCCAGUCGAAGAUAGUCGAGCAUAAGACCCCGAGCAUCCAGCUGAUGAUGCUGCUCAUUUCUGGCAAAUACGAGAGGAACGUAUACACUUCCUUCAAGUUGCUGGCCUGUGAGCACUACCCCUGCAUCUCGCAGGUGGUGCGCAGCGAAACCCUCGGGAAGGGCAAGACAAUCCCCAAGCAGGUCAUCCAACAGAUCCAUGCGAAGUUUGGCGGAGCCUUGUGGCAAAUAGUACAGGAGCCGGAAGAUGACUUGUUCCUUGAGUUCAAGAGGCGCCCUUUCAUGAUCCUGGGCAUUGACGUUUACCGUACUUUUGAGGGAGCUCGGUGGCUGGGCAUCUGUGCGAGUUUGGACAAGGUCUUCUCUCAGUACUACUCCAUGGCAGCCGAGUUGGAGAAGGGACCCGUGCAAAAGUGUUGGACCAGCUUGUCAGUGGAAUUGCAGCGCCUCUUCCGUGAUGCGCUCAGUGCCUUCACUGACUGCAAUGAUGGCAUCCUGCCGGAGACUAUAGUUGUGUAUCGUGCAUCAGUUAACCAGAAGGAAUGGCCGCUGGUGGAUGCGGUUGAGGUGCAGGCGCUACUUCAAGUCCUGAAUGCCGCUGCGAAACUCCGGGAAGGAUAUGUGCCCAAAGUUGUGAUGCUCGGCAUUGCAAGGAAGGCCAACAUGCGGAUCUUCAAGAGUGAUGAGGGGAACAUCAGGAACCCUCAUCCAGGUACUGUUGUGGAUGACCCUGCAGUUUGUCCGGGUCCAACCCCGGAGUUCUACAUGAUUAGCCAGGCCAUUGGCAAAGGCAGUGCUGUCCCAACCCACUACUCGGUAUUGCUUAACAAGGCUGAGAUGCCUCUGCAGAUGAUCGAGAACCUUACCAAUCGGCUCUGCCUCAUGUAUUACAAUGUUCCAUCGGGUGUCCGAGUGCCGGCACCGGUCCUCUAUGCUACAAAGAUUGCAUGCUUCUGUGGCAAUGUGAUCAAGAAGCCGCCUAGACCGCGUCUUCAGCGGACCCUGUUCUUUUUGUGA